GGCAGCCGCGGCUCUCGCUGCCCUGCCCGCGCCUGGAGCCCGAGCCGCUCCCGCCCCGCGCCCGCCGCCCGCCCCUGCCGCGCCUCGGCGGCACACGCUCCUCCGGCCGCUUUCGCCCCGGGCUGCUUUUCCCGGCGGCAGCGGGGACCCGGUGGCUGCAGGAGCUGAAGGCUGAGCCCCUUCUCUCGCCUGAUUUCUGUAUAUUUCCUUUUCCUCACACACGCCGAGGGAGCCGCGGCGCAGGACGCAGGAUGCAGCCCGGCUGCGGCGGGUGCUGAGCGCCGUGGCCGCCGGAGGAGGGAGCGGCUCUGUCAGCGCCUCCGCUCCGCGCGGCGGCGGCUCGGGCGGUCCCUCGCCCCCUUCCUCGUCGUGGCCACCCGCCCCAAACUUUCAGCCUGUUGUCGCUGCCAGGCGAAGCCCAGCUCGACAUAAAUGGUGGAGGCGAUAGUGGAGUUUGACUACAAAGCUCAACACGAUGAUGAGCUGACAAUCACUGUCGGUGACAUAAUCACCAAUAUCAAGAAAGAUGAUGGAGGCUGGUGGGAAGGACAGCUCAAAGGCAGAAGAGGUUUGUUCCCUGACAACUUUGUAAGAGAAAUAAAGAAAGACAUGAAGAAAGACAAUACUGCCAACAAACCACCAGAGAAGCCUAUAAAUGAAGUUUCCAAUGGAAGCCCUUUACUGUUGUCUGAGACAAUUAUUAGAACCAACAAAAAAGGAGAGAGAAGCAGAAGAAGAAGAUGUCAGGUGGCUUUCAGUUACAUGCCUCAAAAUGAAGAUGAAUUGGAAUUAAAAGUUGGUGACAUCAUUGAAGUUGUGGGAGAGGUGGAAGAGGGCUGGUGGGAAGGUAUACUCAAUGGGAAGACUGGCAUGUUUCCUUCCAACUUCAUAAAGGAGCUCUCUGAUUCUGAUGAUGUUGGAAUAGCACAGGAGGAGCAACUAAAGUCAAGAAAAUCUGCCUUUGAAGGGACAAUUCUGUACAGAGUGGCACCGGCAAAGAUUGACAGCUACAGACGUUAUAACAGCCUAAAAGAUGCUACAGGCUCUGAGAGUGAUGGUGGUGACUCUUGCAGUACAAAAUCAGAAGGAGCCAAUGGAGGCACGACAAUCCAACCCAAAAAGGUCAAAGGUGUUGGCUUUGGAGAUAUCUUCAAAGACAAACCCAUAAAGCUACGACCAAGGUCAAUAGAAGUUGAAAACGACUUCCUCCCAGUAGAUAAGAGUGUUGGGAAGAAAUUACCUCCAGCCACAGCAACUCAGGAGCCAACAAAAAUAGAAGUGGACAGCAGAACAAAAAACAAGGAGUAUUGCAAAGUGAUAUUUCCGUACGAAGCGCAGAACGACGAUGAACUCACAAUCCGGGAAGGUGAUGUUGUCACACUUAUCAGUAAGGAUUGCAUUGAUGUGGGUUGGUGGGAAGGAGAACUCAAUGGCAGACGAGGUGUCUUUCCAGAUAACUUUGUCAAGCUACUCCCUUCAGACUUUGAAAAAGAGAGACCGAAGAAACCACCACCUCCAUCAGCUCCUGUCAUCAAACAAGGAUCAGGGACCACAGAUCGAAAGCAUGAAAUCAAGAAGAUACCACCCGAAAGGCCAGAAUGUCUUCCUAAUCGAACAGAAGAAAAAGAAAGAUCAGAGAGAGAGCAAAAGCAGUUAGACUUGCAGAAGCCUUCAGUUCCUGCUAUACCUCCGAAGAAACCCCGGCCCCCCAAAGCCAACGCUGUGUCCAGACCUGGCACCUUGCCCCCGAGACGACCAGAAAGACCAGUUGUGCCUGUGACUCAUGCAAGGAGUGAUAGUCCAAAAGUGGAAUUAGUGGGCAGUACGGUAUCUGGCACGCUAGAGAAAGACUCCUCUGAAAGAAGCAAUGACAUCGACUUGGAAGGUUUUGAUUCUGUAAUACCAAUUGCUGAGAAGCUUAAUCAUCCAACUACAACCAGACCAAAAGCUACUGGCAGGCGACCACCCUCCCAGUCUCUCACAUCUUCAUCCCUUUCAAGCCCUGAUUUCUUUGACUCACCAAGUCCUGAAGAUGAGAAGGAAGACCAUGUUUCCAUUACUCACAAAACUCUUGAAGUGUCAAGGAAAUCAAGAACUGUUACAAUAUCACAAGUGUCUGAUAACAAAACUUCCUUGCCUCCAAAACCAGGAGGUCUGGCUAGUGGCAGUAAUGUACAACCAUCACUAUCCCCUUCACCAUCACCUGGAUUUCACUCAAUUGCUAUGGGAACAACAGGCCACAGGUCAAAUUCCCCAUCCCUGUUUGGUACUGAAGGAAAGCCAAAGACUGAGCACUUGAGCCAAGGUCAGACUGCCCUGGAAGAGCUGAGAACACAAAUUAGGGAGCUAAGAACCAUCAUUGAAACCAUGAAAGACCAGCAAAAAAAAGAGAUUAAACAGUUGCUCUCUGAGUUGGAUGAAGAGAAGAAGAUCCGUCUACGAUUGCAGAUGGAAGUUAAUGACAUAAAGAAAGCUCUUCAAUCAAAGUGAAUACUUGAUAGGUGGAAUGUUGCAUUAUUCUUCAUGACUGAGACUCAAAUUUAUGCCCCAGCCAAAAUAACUUUGUGCCAAAUGAUUUAAGAAUUGCCUCAACAUCCCUUUAUUUGAAGGAUUAGCACAACAGUUUUUGAUAGCACAACAAAAAUACCAACAAGAACAAAUUUCUACCCAAAGCCGUGCUGUGCGGCACUAGUUGUGACUGAAAUUGAUCUUCUUGUGCUAAAGGCUCUCUACUUCAAGAUCCUAGGUGAAAUGAAAACUCAGGCAGUUUAGUCCAUAGUGGUACUAUUUUGAUGAUAUUUUUCCAUAAAUAAAGUGUAUUUCAGAUUAUCUGUUUACAAGCUUUAUGAUUUUGACUUUUGGGUUUUAAUUGUCUUUUGUCACAGAUUUUAAGAUGUUUGUACUUCAUAUAGCCAGGAAUGAAUGUUAAUGUUGGGGCUGAAGGGAUUAUUUUUGCUUCGAGAUUGAACAGCCUACUUUUCGUUAUGGUUUUAAGUUCUGUUAAAUAUGCAAUUUUUUGUCCCCAGAUCCCCUAAAACUUACAUUGUGUACAGUAAUGUAUUUACAAGAAGGAAACAAACCAACAGAAGUCUGGUCUUUGCAAUGAUUUGUGCCUUUCUUUGCCACACACUGACUGGAGCCGGUUGAGGCCAGGUCUCCCUAUGUAGCCACCACAGCAACUCCUGUCCCCGGUGUCCUGCUGUCCCCGGUGUCUGGCAGAGGUCACCUUCCCAGUGCUGGCCAGGAGAGCACGCUGGUGCCAGCUGGCAGGACAAAAGGGCACAGCUGAGAGCAGCUUUGUCUUGAGCAGCUGUGGCUUUUUAGCUUUCCUGGUUUGGAUAGGCCUCUCCCUCAACCUGAAUGUUCAUCUCCGCUUGAUUUUCAUUAGAUGAUUUAAACACCCACCUCUGUCCCCAAUUUUGCACAGAGUGAACAGAAUAUGCAUUAUUAAAGCAAAAAUAAAUAAAAGUAAUCUAUAAAACAUGAAUAAAAA